GAAAUUCAGAAUUGGUGGUGAAUAAGUUGUGUGGUGUGUUGCAAUUCAUUGCGUUUUAGGGGGUUUAGUUUAAAGUUUGAAGUGCAGUUAGAAUACUGCUAAUAUUGUGCCUAAACACUAACAAUGGCUCAAAGUAAGCUAAAUGAUUUGGCCGGAAAGUUCGGCAAGGGUGGUCCGCCCGGCCUUACUACUGGCCUCAAAGUCCUGGCCGCUGUGGGCGCUGCGGCAUAUGGCAUUAAUAAUUCCAUGUAUACUGUGGAUGGUGGCCAUCGGGCGAUUAUUUUCAAUCGCAUCGGCGGUAUUGGAGAUGAUAUUUACAGUGAAGGCCUGCACUUUAGGAUCCCUUGGUUCCAAUAUCCAAUCAUUUACGAUAUUCGAUCACGCCCAAGAAAGAUUUCCUCACCGACGGGUUCAAAGGAUCUGCAGAUGGUCAACAUUUCGUUACGAGUGCUAUCCCGCCCGGAUGCUAUUCGUUUGCCAACAAUGUAUCGGCAGCUGGGAUUGGAUUACGACGAGAAAGUGCUUCCUUCAAUUUGCAACGAAGUAUUGAAAAGUGUUGUGGCCAAGUUUAACGCUUCGCAAUUAAUUACUCAGCGUCAGCAAGUGUCUCUGCUGAUCCGCCGUGAGCUGGUGGAGCGUGCAAAAGACUUCAAUAUCAUUCUCGAUGAUGUUUCGCUGACUGAGCUGAGUUUUGGCAAGGAAUACACGGCUGCUGUCGAAAGUAAGCAAGUUGCUCAGCAGGAAGCACAACGGGCCUUUUUCUUGGUUGAACGGGCCAAACAAGAGCGGCAGCAGAAGAUUGUCCAAGCCGAGGGAGAAGCUGAAGCAGCCAAAAUGUUGGGCUUGGCAGUUAGCCAAAAUCCAGGUUAUCUGAAGUUGAGAAAGAUUCGUGCCGCUCAGAACAUUGCGCGUACAAUCGCCAACUCGCAGAACCGUGUCUACCUUUCCGCCAACAGUCUGAUGCUGAACAUCUCGGAUGCAGAGUUCGACGAUAUGUCCAAGAAAGUGUCAAAUGAGAGCCAAAGUCGAUGGUACCGUCCGGUGCAAAUUCCGAAAGCCUCGAUCGAUAGACCAACUGCGAUCAAAAGUGAUGCGGGCGAACCGGAGUACGAUACCGGUUUGAUUACGGUAAUCGCGCAAGCCACAGCAGAUAGGAUUAGUGGCAAUCAGUAGAAGGGAAAAGUAGUGGGCUUAUGCAUUUUUGCACAUGUACAAAGAAACAAAGAUGAGUUU